AUGGGGAAGAAGACUAAACUAAGGAGAAUAGAUAUGGCCUCCUCCUCCCAGGACAUCGGUACACUGCUCAGAGUGACUCCACAAUCGCGGCCUACCAAGAUGGCGCCUGUGAGGGAGGACUCCGACAGUGCUUUGGAAGAAAGUGCAACAGACGACGUCUCACACCUCAACAUGCAAGGUACACCAAGGGCUAACCUUGACCCUCAGCACCCACCUCAGGGGCGACUUGCAAGAACAACCCCCAGCCUGGAACAAACGCCUGCGAGCAAAGCUGACAUUCAAAACCUACUAAGGGAAAUGAAAACCCUAUUUGCUGCGGACAUAGCAUUGGUUCGGAAGGACCUGGGGGUAAUCACAGCUAGACUGCAAUUGCUGGAAGACCCUGGCGACAAUGUGCAAUGCCGGCAGGAUGCUCAGCAGUCCGAGCUGGAUGCACUCAAACUAACCAAUCUUCUCAUGGAGGGCAGAAUAGCAGCACUUGAAGACUCCAAACGACAACGCAAUCUCAAGAUUCAGUGUCCCUGA